AAGGGACCGGACGGGAAAGAUGGCCGUCGCGGAACAUAUGACAAAGAACGGCGGGCUCCCGUCGCGACCGACGACGGCGACAUCCUCGCGACGACGACGACGUGAAGGACGCGUACAUCGCGGCACCGCCGAUCGUCGUCGUUAACCGCCGCCUGCCGGCGGCCGCGUCGUCGCGUCGCAGCGCGUUCUACCCGGUGCAACGUGCGGCGGCGGGGCGACAGGAGAAAGGAGGAAAUUCGCGUGUGGGAGUUCUCUCGGACAGGUGAGUCGAAGUCGGGAGAGCGCGCCGACACCGACGCCGCCGUCGCCGCCGCGUCUCCGUGGUCGCUGCUCCGUGUUGCUGUCUGCCGCCGUCGUCGUCGUCGCCGCCGCCGCCGCCGCCGUCGUCGUCGUCGUGGUAUCCGUGCCCGUGUCCGCGACAGUGGUGAUAUAGCGCGGCGCAGCGGGGAGCCAUGACUACGCGUGGAGAAUGGGCUCGAUCGCGUCGGUGUUGCAGUGGCAUUGCUCGGAGUGCGCUCUGAUAAACCCGACGGAGAGCGCGAAAUGCGCCAGGUGCGGGCUGACGCGGCUCAGGAGCGACGAGAGGACCAGCCACGGCAGGCUCGACCGUGCGACCAGCAGCGCGGAGCGUAGCGGAGGUAGCGCGCCGCGGCAAGAGGCUGCUGUUGGAGCGGCGGUCGCGCUCGCGGAGGCCAGCGAGCGACAGCCGACGAGGGAAAGGCACGACGACGUGGAGGACCCGAGAUCCUCCGGGGAAUCGACACCGCCGACGCCGCCGCCGAGGACUAAUAGAUUGGCGCGCAACCUGAUCACGGGCUCCACGUCGUUUCCUGCUGCCGGCCAGUGCAACGAGUCCCGACGUGCUGCUGCUCGCGGUAUUAAGAGGUAUCUGUCUGCAACUGAUGUCAGAAAGAAUUCGCAUCGUGGCUCCUGGAGUGGGAUCUCAUCUGACAGAGAACCGUUGAAGCGUGCCGCAUCUCUACCUUCUUUAGUUACACAAUGGACUUGUAUUCGAUGUCUACUGGACAAUUGCUGCAGCUCGUUGAUUUGCGCUGCUUGUGAUGCUAGUUCGUCGAUAGCUCAAACUGACAGGAGACAGAUUGGUGCGCGCAAAAGUAAGAAAAUUAAUCUGCAUAAGGAAAAUCGCCUGAAAAUCACAUCGGGACUUUUGGCCAAUGUCUUAGAUACGGAUGCUGGCACAAGUGGCUUUGGUAACGAUGAUAAAAUUAAUAAUACAGGCAUGGCACAGUUGACGAGUAUAAGUCGGAACCAACGCGAGAGAGUGGACCACAAAGACUGGAUUUUACCGUCAAUUGGAACGAUGGAGUCCACGACGCUUCCGUUCGCAGAUAAUACUGACACCUCUCAACGUUCCCCAAAGCGGCACAGUCCCUCAAUGUAUGAGCGAGUCAAGUCCAAAGUCAGUCGUUCUCUAUCAAACGGCUCCGUCGUUCAAAAACUUUCGGAACACGCUGUCCAGAGACCCACGAGCCUGGUGGUGCCGGAAGCGCGUCAAGACGAUGGCCUGUGGAGCUGCGAUAACUGCACGCUAGACAAUGCGCCCGGUCUGGAACAAUGCGAGGCGUGUGACGCGCCCAGAAGUCCGGCGCCUUGCAGCGGAGUGGUUAUCAGCGUGCCGGCUUGGGUACCGCGCGCGUUAUCGUCCGCGGGACCUCUGUCUUAUCGGAGAUCCUUUUCCGACGUUGACUCAGUCGCGGGUGUAACACAGAAGAAGACUGUCAAUCGUAGAAGUCUGAAUGACGAGGAGCCGCCCGCAGUGCCGCCGCAUUCUAUUGGCUUCAACACGAGACCAAAGUAUUCCUACAUUGGGAUCACGGAUCCUGAUAUACCGCCGCCGUUGCCAAAGAAACAGAGCAGUAAGUUAGGUCUAAUACCGACGAAGGCGCACAGCGAGGCGACCAGUCCGGUGGGCGAGAUACCGAGCGUGAGUCCUCUCAAGCGCAUGUGGACCUGCAGAAAGUGUUCUUACGCAUACAAUCCGUUAUGGUCGGGCGGUUGCGACAUCUGCGGCUCGUCCAGAUCGCCGCCGUCGUUGACGCAGCCCAGCCUGAUCACCGUCACGAAGGACACCAGCAGCUAUCCGACACAUGCACAAUCCCCGAUUGUAGUAGCGGGUGACAGUGUCCGAUAUAUCCCACCGAAAUCGGCUACGUUGGCUACAGCAGAGUCCGAUCUGGACGAUCAAAUCGACCCUCCGUCGCCGGUAUGGACGUGCAAGAAGUGUACUCUGCUGAACGCCGCGUCGAGAACAACGUGCGAGGCUUGCUGCGGCUCGAAGCUCAAGAGUAUCAUGCACCUGGAGGAUGCCACCUUGCGAAAGGGCGAGAGCUGGGUGUGUCCUUCGUGUACACUGAGGAAUCCCCUGUCGGCGCAGAACUGCAACGCCUGUAAGACAUUAGCGGACUUUCUGGAGGUUCCGAAGGACAACCGAGCUCUGGGUCAACGGAGUCCAAGCCCAAGACUCUGCCCGACCUCGGCGAAUUCCAAAGCGGUCACCCCGAGGCAUCGAAAUUCCGUGAGGAGAAACGGCUCGUCGGCGGGAGAUAAGAGGCACUCAAGGACCAGGGACUCUUCACACGUUCAAUGGCAAUGUAAACUCUGCACGUACGAGAACAAAAGUACGAAUGCCAUCUGCGAAAUGUGCCAAAGCUCGAAGUCGUUGUCCCAAGUAUCUGGAGACAGAGGGAUAUCCAGGCUGAUCGAGUCCGGCACUAGUACCCUUAGAAUACAGCGGCAAGAAAGCGUGGUGAUGGAAAACCUCAGGCAGCUGGAGGAAAGAGAAGCGCUUGAAAAGUGGGAGCGUAUCGUGCGAUACUGCAAAGAGACAAACGAGCCAUUCGUCGACGAUUCGUUUCCACCCGCUCCGAAAUCCUUGUAUUAUAAUCCCGCGGACACGAAGGAUAAUCACGUCGUCCAAUGGAGAAGGCCGCAUCAGAUUAAUGUGGACUCAAGUGUCGAUUCUAAACUGCCUUGGGCUGUCUUUAGGACACCCUUACCUUCUGAUAUCUCGCAAGGUGUCUUAGGAAAUUGUUGGUUGCUGUCGGCUCUGGCUGUUCUGGCCGAGAGCGACGAGCUCGUGAGAAGAGUUCUGGUUAUGAGGGAGACAUGUCCCGAGGGUGCUUACCAAGUCAGAUUGUGUAAGGAUGGCAAGUGGACGACGGUGCUCGUUGAUGAUCUACUACCCUGUGAUAAGAGAGGCCACUUAGUGUACUCUCAGGCAAAACGGAAACAGCUCUGGGUGCCGUUGAUCGAGAAAGCGGUUGCUAAGAUACACGGCUGUUAUGAAGCCUUAGUAUCCGGCCGUGCUAUAGAGGGUCUAGCGACACUGACUGGUGCCCCGUGUGAGAGCGUGCCUUUACAACCUUCAGCAUUGCCAAGCGAAGACGAACUCGACAGGGACCUAAUAUGGGCACAACUUUUGUCCUCGAGGCAGGCCAUGUUUCUAAUGGGUGCUAGCUGCGGAGGUGGUAAUAUGAAGGUUGACGAGGAGGAAUAUCAACGUAAAGGUUUGAGGCCAAGGCAUGCAUAUUCUGUCCUCGAUGUGCGCGAUGUACAGGGAAUACGGCUGUUGCGACUACGCAAUCCUUGGGGUCAUUACAGUUGGAAAGGGGACUGGUCGGACGAUAGCCCUAUAUGGACUCCGCAAUUACGAGAGAUGCUUAUGCCGCAUGGUGCUUCGGACGGUGUCUUUUGGAUAUCUUUUGACGACGUUCUAAAGUAUUUCGAUUGCAUUGACAUCUGUAAGACGAGGGUUGGCUGGAGCGAAGUGAGAUUACGCGGCACUUUACCUCCGUUGUCGUCCCUUAGGCACUUGUCGUGCGUUCUUUUGACAGUAUUAGAGCCCACGGAAACAGAAUUUACGCUGUUCCAAGAGGGCCAAAGAAACUCGGAAAAAUCGCAACGUUCUCAACUGGACUUGUGCGUAGUAGUCUUUCGCACGAGAUCUCCGGCCGCCCCGGAAGUCGGUAGACUAGUGGAACACAGUAAACGGCAAGUACGCGGCUUCGUUGGUUGCCAUAAGAUGUUGGAGAGGGAUCUGUACAUCGUCGUGUGCCUAGCCUUCAAUCACUGGCACACUGGAAUGGAAGAUACGUCCAGUUAUCCGGAAUACGUUCUCGCCAUUCAUAGUUCGAAGAGGCUUCUAGUAGAACAGAUCUCGCCGCCUGCUUUUGUCCUGGCUGAUGCUAUUAUUAGCCUAACAUUGGCCAAAGGACAACGGCACGAAGGUAGAGAAGGUAUGACUGCUUAUUAUCUAACCAAAGGAUGGGCCGGUUUAGUGGUAAUGGUCGAAAAUCGUCACGUGAAUAAGUGGAUUCACGUAAAAUGCGACUGCCAUGAAAGCUAUAACGUCGUGUCCACGAGAGGACAACUCAGAACUGCCGAUAGUGUUCCACCCCUUCACAGACAAGUCAUCAUAGUUCUAACGCAGUUGGAAGGUAGCGGAGGUUUCUCUAUAGCACAUCGACUCACGCACAGACUAGCUAACAGUGGAAACCUGCACGAUUGGGGGCCGCCUGAUACACAACAUUGUCCCCAAAUCGAUACUCAGGUGGAAGGUUUGCACAGUCCUCGCUUGAUAACGUGAAACUAAGAACAUGAUGUAGCGAUAAUCAGAUCGAAAUUCUGGACACCGCUCGGGGAAAGUGCUGUCGAUCGUAAAUCAGAAACGAUUCUUGUACAUGCGACGUUCGAGAAAUUGACUGAAAAGAAAACCAAAGCAAGCUAGAAAGAUUUCAGAGUACAGUAAGACGUUCCCGCGACAUUAGGAUACUCUUUGUGCUUUCUAGCUGAUAAUAUUCCACGGAUGCUCUUAGCGUUGCAACAUGCUCAGCAUUGGACGUAAUACAAUAAGUAACAAUUAAUGUACAAUGGUUCUGGACCCAGUGAUUAAUGAUAAAGAUAUCUUCUUUCGAGUAGACAGUACGUCACGCACUUUGCGCUAACGAGGGAAUGGACAAACAAAAAAAAAAAAAGAAAGAGAGAGAGAAAGAGAGAAAAGAGUAAAAUGAAACGUGCAAAUUAAGUGUUUCUGCUGGAACCAUUGAGCCGUAAAGAAGACUUAUGGAAAAUUGAAUAUUUAUGAAGAAACAAGUUGAACAUUUUGCUUGUUAUAUAAACAAAAAAAAUUAUUUUCUCAACUUAACAUUUAAGCAUCGUAAGAAAUGACAAAACCUAAAGAUUACACAAUAAUAUAAUGUAAAAUGAGAAACCAUUAGGAGACACUAAGGAUGUGUGUGAACACCGUACACAUUGUUUUUGGAAUUGCUUAGAGUGUAGUACGAUUGCGGAUCGGGACAUUUCCAGUUUAACCGACGUUUACACGCCGAUCUCUUAUUGCUGUACACGUAAGGCCGCAUUUUGAAACCCACAUUUGUGUGUGUGAGGGAACUCGAGUUCUUAGUUCUCCAUUUAACAUGUGCACGAUAAACGACAAAAAAAGAAAAGAAAAAACAGGCUGGAUCCUUACGCACGAGGGUUCUCAUGUAUCGACCGUAGUGGCAUAGGACGUUUAACUUAUCUAGACUUUGUUGUUCCCAUCUUGCAACUGGAUGGAGAGCUUGUGCUAAAAAAGAAAAAAAAAUAAUGGACGUAGCGCGCGGCUACAGAACCAAAGAUCUCUCUUGAAAGUUUUAAAAUAUCUCGACGCGUUCACUGCCAUUCUAUGCAAUGUAUAUAGCCUACUUUUGCUUCUGUUACAAAGUUGCUUGUGUUAGUCGGGGGCAGAAUCGGAAUCGUCGACGACAUUUCUCGCGCACUGAUUACGUUCUCGUUUGCCUUUGGUCGGUACGUUACGAAAUACAUGCGCAAGCAUGGCAGUCAGCGGGUUAGACUCUUUAAUUCUGUGUUCAUGUGCUCUUUAAGAGAGAAAACAUAUAUAUAUAUAUAUAUAUAUAUAUAUAUAUAUAUAUAUAUAUAUAUAUAUAUAUAUAUAUAUACACAUAUUAACGUAUUAUCUCUCGUUUAUAUACAUCCAGCCAAUAUCGUAGCUGUACCAUCGGAGAGAGUAAUAUGUCCGUUUAUUCGCAUAGAGGACGCGUCCGCGAAUCUGAUCUCUUGCGUUUGGUAAAGAAAUUGACAUCGGCACAUCGUUAAUUUUUUAAAGAACACACUUGUGGUGAGCGAGUGAAACGACACGUUACAUAGACGUUUAAUCAAAUCUUCAAAUGCAAAUAUUUUGUUGAGACGAGAAUAUAUUUAAAUAUUUGAAGUACAUAAUAUUAAAAUAUAAGUACGAUCCACUGUGCGAUCCGUACGGGUGCUCAGUUAUACCGAUCGCAGGUGGUGUUUAAAUCAAGAGAAUCGAACACAAAUUAUGUAUCAUACUGAUUUUUAACAGUUUUCAUCUCCGGACAUUUUUCAAGCUCGAUAUAUGCAAGUGUAUAUUGCAAUAUGUUUUCAAUGUAUUGCGUAAAUCGGUGAGCGCCUGAUUCACCCUUUUGAAACGGAAAGAUCUGAUGUUUUGGCUCUAAUGUCAAACUGCCAUAUUCCAUGUUUUCAGACAAUGUCGAGACGAUCGCGCGCGAUCGCGUGUCUGGCAGUAGCGAUUACAUCGAAUCAAAAGAAAAUUGUCUGAAGCUCUCUAUAUACAUUGAAUGUGGUGAUGCGACAAUACGCGAUGCUGUGAUCAGUCGAUGAUGCUUUGAGUCAAACCGGAAAAGUUUGUCGAAAAAAAUUCUCUGUUUGACCGACUGCGAGCGUUGUGUGAAAAAAAAAACGCUGUUUCACUCAAUAGUACAAAAUUACCCAUUUUACGAUUUACUACAAAAAAUUCGCUUGUUUCGUCCGAGUGAUGUAGUACAGACCGGCAUACAUCAGUGCUGUCAUUAUAACCUGGGUGCUCAAACUCACUGAUAUUAUUCGAGAUAUUAAGCAGUUUUGAAUCUGCAAUACAUUUGUUCGUUAUUUGUUAGGAAACUUGGCGGUUAAGUAACAUCUGGAACUCGGAUAACCGAGUAAUACUCGAAAGAUCUUGGGAAUUGACACCACUAGUGUAUGUACAUGUCUCAGGACAUAAUAUGAUUUUCAAUCGUAUUCACACAAGGUAUGAUUGAAAGUCGUAAUAUCUCUAAUAAUGUAAGUGUUGGGACUAUAUAUUACGCCGGCCUUUGUACACCAGGUUUGAACACUUUUACUCACGUGCAGUUCAGGACGCAGUCAAUGGUCCAAUAUAAGAACUUGUUUUUCCCAGAAAUUCUGUCAUUGGGUCAUUGACUGCAUUUCAAACUACAUCUAAAAAGAAGUGUUCAAAACGUUUUGGGACGCAAUGUAUACUCAAUUACACAGCGGUUUGCACACGUUUCUUCUGAUGAAAUUAGGAACGCAUCAAAUCGCGAUUGCGAGUCACUGUUCACAGGUUUACAUUGGUAGGGCCGUGGAAAUGGAGACUCUAUUCUGACUAUAGUAAGAAUGAACCAAGCAUGAGACGAAAUCUGAAGAUCAGGUAAAAAGGAGACGGAUGAUAGGUACUUGUAUCUUUCUCUCUCACUCUUUCCUAGUUAGAGAGAAUGCUAUACGGCACCUGCUUUUUAUCCUUUUCUAUCUGAUCUACCUGUUCUUCACUCCAAGUGGAGCACACGCUCGAUUUAUUCUUACUAUGUCUAUGGUUCUAACUCCAGUUUCUGGACUUGAUACAAAUAAUCAUUACAUCAAAUAUCCGACUUCGAAAUCGAUGUAACGAUUUCAGAAAUCGGGUUUAAGAAUGAGUACCAUUUCGCGCAGCUCCAGCAAUCAAUUACGACGAAGGUGGAAUAGCAAUACACUGUGUAAACAGUGACCCUUUCUUACAUCUUAAUUUGUAUUGUAUCUUAAAACGUCCUUUUUGAGGAAAAUUUUACUGAAAAUCUAUAGUAUAUGUAACAUGAACGAUAAAGAUUUCUUGGAAAAUUUUUGUUUCCUCAAGAAAAAAAGGAUGUUUUGGAAAGCAAUCUUGAUAAAGGAAUAAUAGAAAUGCGAACUGUCGUGCAAACGAGUGUACACACGGGAAUAUAAUCGCGUGAGUUUUAUGUUGAAAUAGCCGUCAGCGUCGGAAUUUGUACGCUUUGUAAUCUCAUUCGCUCUUCUCGAGUUGAACGAUUAGUAGAGACUGAUAUUCGCAUCGACACACACUACUUGCGCGUAUCCUAAGUUUCCGUCACGGCGACAGUGCAGAUUAUAUUCGAGAAUCUCAUUUCCUUUCUCUCUUGUUUUCGUAAUAUUGCGAGUUGCGAUUUUCCACUCGUGAGAUUGUUCCCCCGCGAACGGACGCACAGCGCAAGCGGAACAACUCUCAUUCCUCCCUCCCCCUCCCUCCCCCCUUCGUCGAUCUCAAAACAGCAGGCCGAAUUUGUCUUAGCAGGGCCUAAGCGCUAGUGACUAGUUUUUAAGGAUUACAACACGAGGAACAUAGUCUCGAGGAAAUGUCCGUUUUCAACAAUCCGUGAUGCGCGUAUUGACGGAAAUACGUCCAGAUAAUCAGUCUUAACAGUGAUGCGCUCAAAAGUUCAGUGAACGUUUACGAACGAGAGAUUCGGAUUCCCGCGCGAUGGCUUGCGACUCGAACGGCGUUUCGCGCACCGGCCGGCCGAAUUUUCGGGACUUGACCGACCAUGCGCGCGCGCGCGCGUAACGUCGUUUGAUUCGCUGAGUCAUCGAAGGAAUUUAUUCUUUACGAGUAAACUACUUAAUAUUUGCAGUAGGUUCUGUAUUGAGUGGCCUUCGUUUACAAAGGAUAAUAGUUUCGUAAAUAUAAAGACACGGAUUCACCGUCGGAGUUGUGCGCUUCACGAGGAUUUCCCGGACGGAGGGGGUCGCGUCGGCGCGCAAAGUCGAUCUGUUCAUCGACGGGAGACCGGAGCGAAUUAAUUCGAGGCGAAACGCGCGAAGGAUCGAGAUCCCAAGAAGACGGAAGUCUCGUCCCGUCUCUCGCCACUCUCGAAGCGUACAGCUCUCGUUGUAUGAGAUCAUGCGCGCACAUUCUUAAACACACGCAAUAAGGUACCGAAGGCUAGAAAAUCACGCUGUCGUGCGUAAAGUGGCGCGGAGCGGGCGGGCAAGAUUGAUUCUCAUUUUUUCUACCACACAACACGCGAGCGUGAGAUUGCGUUUUACGCGGCGGCGGCGGCGGCGGCGUUACGGGGAGAGGGAUCGCGGAAACGCUAAAUAAUAAUCCAGUGCCAUACGACGGAGUCGUAGCGAGCUGUACACAGGACGCCAAUAAUGCCUUCCAUUUCCGGUUAGGCUGUUUUAGCUUGGGCGCAUCGUAUCUGCAUAUUUUGUCUAUCAUAACUGUCGCUUUCGAAAAGAAUCAGCAACUUUGUCAUAUCAAAUGCAACGGUAAUAUACAAGGUGAAUGCAAGGUAAUAUACAAGGUGAAUGUAAUAUGUAUUAUUACUGUUGCAUUUGACCGCACACGGAAAAAUAUAUGCUACAUUCGUGUAAAUGUCACUUGUUUCAGGUUUAUAAGUUUACAUACCCGCAGAUGUAUCAGAAUUCAUUGUAAGCACAUCAAAUUUGUUCAAAAUAUAUUCUGGGAAUCUUAGUAAAUUUAAUUAUUCUAAUUAAUUUAAUAUUAAAUUGAAACAAAAAUUGGCUUGCUUACCACAUAGAGCCGAAUCAACUUUCUCUUCGAUUAAGUUUUAUGAUAUUUUUGUAAAGAGAAUAAAGUUUUCUUUCGAGUAGUAAUAAACUUUUCUAAAAUUCGCCGCAAGUAUAUUUUAAGAUUAUUAUGAAGAAAAUAGUCUUUGUUGAAAAUGAACAUUAUUAUUGAAAUGUAGAAAAGUAAACCGAGUGAUCACUUUUCUUAGCAGUAGAUUUUUUUCUGUGUGUGAGUUACCGAUUUUUCUCAAAAACAAUAGUGUCAUGAUACAAAAAUAUGUAGGUGCGAUGCGUCCGAGUCAAAAUACCUUUAGCCGGAAAUGGAAGGCAUCAUUGGAGUCCUGUGCAGCUCGCGUGAAGAAGCAGAAGACGGACGGUACGGACGAACGGCGAGCCCCGACGAUGACCGUACAUUCGCAUGUCAUAAUGUAACGUAUAAGGCGUUUCUCCACAAAGAAUAAACAAACAAAUAAUCUAUUUUACAUAUUGCAUAAUCACCGAGGCUAAAAGGCGUCAAGGCGUUCCCGUUCAGCGGCCCGCGGAGACCGCGGACUCGCCGGCGCUCUGCUCGUCGAGACGGCGACGAACAAUUCGUUUAUCUAACGGGUGCGGCUUGGUACACGCGCGUAUUUUUACUAAACACACACGUGAGAACACACACGCACAUAGCGAAUCGAUGUAAUAAUAGGUGUUCCUUGCAGCUGAACUAGUACACACUUUCGUUACUUAAAAGGAAAGAGGCACGUAGCUGUGUGACUUGGUGUAAAGUAUAUAUAUAUAUAUAUAUAUAUAUAUAUAUAUAUAUAUAUAAAGAGAGAGGAGGACUAGUUUCAAGCUGGUGCAACCAGUUCAGCUGCAAAGAACAGACCAAAUAUCAACGCGCCGGAAGCGCGACAAUCGACGUCGCUCCGUGGCUGUUGUGAGACACGAGGCCGGGAAAUGUCGUGCGACCUCGGCGCACGAUUUCGCGCGACGUCUCCUUGGAAAAGCUCUCCGGCAAAAUCGAAGCUCUCACGGCGAUCUGCCGUGACGACGAUCGUUGCGUCGCUCUCGACCACGACAAUUGGACACGGAGCCUUGCUUCGGCUCGAAAGCGACUCUUAUCUUGUGGAAAGCAACUCGCGAGAAAUAAGUGCGCAGUGUGAUGGGACUCGCUACGCCAGAUCUCUACCAUUUCAGCUUCACCCUCGGGGAACAAAGGAGAGAGCGACGUCGAUUGGCGCGGUUGCGUGAUUUUGAUAUAUUUUGAUACGACGGAGAAGAGCUCGAUCGUCGCCGUUCUGUCGAACGAUCGCCGCCAGAGACCCGCGCGAGCUCGAGGCGGACGAGAGAUGUGCAUUUAGGGACAACCGUGCGUUUAGAUUAACGUACAUUUAGAGCUCACCGUGCGUUUAGCGCCGCGCCGACUCGUCUUCACUUGGCGAGUGAAAGAUCUAAAGGUCACAAUCGCGGUCGCAAUUCUCCAGGCCCGAUUUGCAUAAUCGGCUUAAUCGAAACCGCGGUUUCUUCAUCAUUCGACAUUCCUCUCUCUCUCUCCGCGUUGUGAGGAGCAUAUAAGCGGUACUCGAGGCAAAAAUAAAGUUCGGCACGCUUGAGGAGUGUCUUCUCCGGCGCCGUAAGCGACGCUAACGCUAAACGCGCGGCGAGAAUACGGGCCUACGUAAACACAAACAUCCUGGAGGAAGUACUAUUUGUAAAUAGAGAGGAAUAAUUUAUUCUAUUUAUGGGAAAGAAGGAGAAGAAGCGAGAAAGAGAGAGAGAGAGAGUGAGAGAAAGAGAAAAAGCAAGAAAAGAAAGAGAGAGAGGGAGAAAGCCAGAGAGAGGAGUCGUGCACCGUUGCGUUACAUUUGAGUUGUUUUGCAUGUGCUUCGGUGUCUCCGUCACGCGCGGCUGCAAGCCGCGCGGCGAGUUCGUAAUGCAUUCUACAUAUAAUUAUAUAUAAAAAAAAUAUAUAUAUUAUAUAUAUAUGCAUAGCGCAGAGAGAGUUAGAGCGAUAUACCGACGAUCGACACACAUACACAUACGACGACGACGUCGGCGGCGACGCGCGAGUCGCAGAUAUUCGUCCGGGUUCGGCGGUGGCACACGGAAAACCCCGAUUUAGAACAAUAUCAGCUCACCUGGACAUGAUUCGCGCGCGUUCCUGCGCGCGAAUGAUCGUUCCACCGAGUUCGUCCCGGCACCCCCUCUCGCUAAUCGCCGCCGAUCGGCGAGAACCGGCCGAUUAUUUGCGGACGCGCUCGCGCUCGCGUCGCAACGUGGAGUACCUAGGGAUACACGUGUGCGUACGGAGGACACGUGUGCGCACACAUUUGUGCACGUGCACACGCGUGUUCUCAAUGCCACGCGGAGAAGAAAUAUAAGAAUUAACGGUGUUUCGUUGUAUUUGUAUAAUAAGGUGUAAAGAAAAAGGAAAAAAAAAGAACAAUGGUGUCAUUCUCAUGGUCAUUGAGCGACUCGUACUUCAUAAAUGAUGCUACGUACCGGGUGCAUUCUAAAUUGCAUACAAGCGUCUACCGCGUAUCCGUGUUUCCGAUAGUCGAUACCUCGGAAUCGGAACGAGCAGUGUCGCGAGCGAUGUUGAGAGGGGACGUCAAAAAUCUACAAAAUUGAAUUUCACACGCGACACAGCAGAAUCACCGGUGUGAGACAUCCAGAUCGGAGGUUCUGAGGAAUAAACGCUGUGUAAAAAUGUCAAAUUUAUAUGUAUAUAUAUAUAUAUAUAUAUAUAUAUAUAUAUAUAUGUAAUUAUAAUAUAAUUAUAUUAUAAUUAUGUGAAAAAUUAUGAUAUAAUUGAUAAUUAUAUAUAAUAUUCGAAUUAUAUUACAACAUUCGCAAAUUGUAUGAUAUUCUAUAUUGGGAAGGGAGAGACGAGUUUAUUAUCCAGACGUGUCGCUUGUCUCGACUUCGAACACGAUGAAUACUGACUCUUCCAGUUCCGACGUAUCGAUCCUUGUGGCGGAAAUUAAAAUCGAUGUUCGAGCGAAACGUAUAAGCGAGAACAGAGCGGGAUCAGGUGCGGAAGGUUGAAGAUAGCGCGGCGUAAUGUUAAAAAUCACGUUUUUUCACACGUAUUUGUGGAUUAUCGACGACGUUUCCGAGGAAACGGUCUCUAAAGAAUUGUAAAGAAUCGGAUAAUUAGCAAAUUGAAACGGGAAAAGGGGGACUUGCUUUUGGAGCACGUUACUUUUAUGUCGUUCAGCUCGCGGCUGUGAUCAUUUUAGAAACACCCAUGUACGAACCCGAACCAGCAAUCAACUUUGUGAUAGUCUGUGUACCGAAUCUGAUGAACAUCGUUAAAUUAAUCCCAUCUCCUCCUGUAGGUAAGGUGUAUAAUUAUUAGAGAGUCUCAUCACACACGUACACGCAAAAGAGAGAAGGGAAAAAUAAAACAUACAUAUUUACUACGUCAUAAAGUGAUAAUGAAAUUGUGUUGUCCCCUGAUUUGUAUCAUGUAGGCACGUUUAAUAAUAAACCGAAAUAUUAUCUA